CUGGAGGCAAGAUGGCGGAGUCUAACGAGUGCUUUAAUAUUGGCAGCACAGUAACUUGCAAAACGUGCUUUAAUGAAGACUUGCAGGGCGAAGUAUUAGCCUUUGACCCGCACGUGAAGCUUCUAACGUUGAAGUCCCCGUCCAGCAAUGGCCGUUCAGCGACAUAUGACAUCCACAUGGUCAACCUCAGCUAUGUGUCACAAGUCACAGUAAUGAGAGAAGCUGCUGGUUCACCUCUACCCUCACUGCCAUCUUUAAAUCUCAGUAAGCUUAGUAAUCGGGCAAAGAAAAGUAUAGAUGAAAAACAACGAUUAAUUGAAGCAAUGCAGUCAGGCGUGUCUCCAGUCGGACAGAAGCUGUUCCUUCACAUUCGUAAAACGAUGGAAGAAGUCAAGUGGGCUGGAGUGAGCAUUUUGGUGAUGGGUCAGGUGAUCAUCUCUCCCCCAUACCAGCUGGAGAAUGUCAAGGAGCAAAAGGAAGGCAAGGAAUCCAACUCAAAGACUCUUCCUUACGUCAAGAAACUCGUGGACAAAUUUCAUCAGGAUCAACAGAGCCUGUCCCUUAAUAAUGGAACAAGUGCAACUCCCGUUGUAGCUGAGGUGCAGCCAGUAUCACAGUAAAGAAGUUAGACAACCAAGGCAUGUACAACACCAUGGUGGGGAGAAGGGGAUCUCUCCCAGGUGAAUGUGCUCUAUAUUUUAAUAAGUAUAUAGUGCAGGCCACUUCUGAAGGUCAUGUGUGUGUGAGCAAAUCACGGUGUGACUGGUGGUCAUGACAUGUCAAGAGUGAAAGUUGAAUAUGUGCAAUUUAGUUUUUUCACCUGAAGUUCAGUUUCCUAUGCUUUGUUAUAACUUUUUCUUUUGAACCACAAAGAUAUUCUCUCAGGCUUUAUGCUUGAAGAUUAUGUUGUGAAUAUUUUGAAAAUACUUUGAGCAUUAUAUUUUAUAUGAAUACAAAACUUUUAUAACUACCUGAAAGAUUCCUAUGCCUGGAUUGCCAAGAAAGAAUGCCAUACAUCCUACAUACAAAGUUGAACAAUAAAAGCUGCAUUUAAGAAUGUUAGGUAGGUGGCAGCAAAGUAUCCUGAAUAUUGGAAUCCUUUACAUCGUCUUUUAUGAGCAUAGUUCACAAAACAUUACCAUAAACACUGAAAAAAGUGAAUCUCUAGUUUUGUAUUGGACCACAAGUUAGUGAGAUCUUGCCCCUGGCAGUGGGCUGGCUAAAUGAGAUCCUAAGUUGUUUUCUUUGUAUAUAAUUUUUUUUUCAUGAUAAUUAUCAAAGUGAAGCCAGUCAUGUUAAAUAUGUAAAUAAAUUAUUGUUAAAUGCCACAUGAAUCUACUGUUCCAUAUUUUUUAACUAUCUCCUGAAAUAGUUUUACAUAUGUGCAGCUAAUGACAGGACAAAGCAAUAGCACUCUCCUUAUGCAGGCAAGUCAUGAAUUAAUGAAAGGCAUUUAUUGAGACAGAUUAAACCUUUAUAAAUGACAGCAUUAACAUUCUGGAUGUUAAUUGCUUACUCAAAACUUCUAUUUAGAAGUAAGUUCAAUCGCAUUUCCUCCCAUUUAAAUUUUGUUUGGUAACAUGAUCACCUCUUUCUAAUGCUACUUUCAUAUGCCUUGUGCUUUCCAAGAAACCUAAAUUCCUGGGAAAUGUAUUUGCUUCAUUUUCCAUCUUGUAUCUUUUUUUUUUUUUUUUUUUUUUUUUUUUUUUUUUUCUCUACAAGUGGUAAUUUUUAUCUUGAAGGUAUCUUCUGGGAAAUGCGAAGUUCCACGUGGCAUGUAUUUUCUGAAACUGAGACUUACAAUUUUGACAAAGGAUGAAGGAUUAUCCCUUUUUUACAGACAACAUAAGUAACAUUUUGUACUAUCCUCCCAAACAACAUAAGUAACAUUUUGUACUAUCCUCCCAACUUGAUUUUACUACACUUUAUUAAUAAGUAAAGGAGUGAAUCCUGUAAAUUAGUCAUGUCAGUUUGGUAUGUUAUUUAUCAGACAUCAUUACAGUAAGUGGAGAGAGAAUGUGUGACGUCAUCCUUCUUAUCUGGGAUUUAUCAAUGUGUCUUGUACCAAAGAACAGUGAAAAUGCAGGAUUGUUGUUUUUACCCGUUCACUUGAUUUUCUUCCUUGUGUGGAUAUGAUGGAUCAGCAAAUUGAAGUACUGGACACUACAAACCUCUAAUUCCUUUCCCUCCAGAACACAGUCUUGUUGCGCAGUGACACCCAUCCACACUUUUCUGUACCAUCUUGUUGAAUCUGAUACACUCCAUUUACCUGGAAGUAGUCAAGGUAAUGUGAGAGUGUCAUGACUGUUUGUUGAGGAAGGGUGAUGGUAACAGUAGAUAUUGAGAAGGGUGUGAUCAUUUCAGUACAAAGCUCAGGACUGGGAAAUAAAAAAUGAACAUUAAAUUCAAUUAUUGUUCAAACAUUGGUGCUUGAAUUAUCAUGGAGUAUUAUGAGGUUUAAGAAUUAUUUUUUAACACUUAGCAUAAAAAGAAAAUUAUUUCACUGCAUCAACACAAAGGCCUGAACUCAAUGGCAGAGAGAAUCUGGAGUGGUGAGAGUAAAUUCUGCUGGAUUGGCUAGUUGAUAAUGACUUCAAUUGUAAAGAGAAAGAAUUAUCUGUAACUGCAAACUUUUCUUAGUUGUUCACUGAUAGCUGCCUUUGAAGCUGCAUACAUAGCUUAAGAAAUGUGUCAUUCAGCAAGAAGUUUUGGUGCCAUACAUUACAACUGGUGUCAAGGUCUGUUAGGUGUCCAAGUACUUUUACUGUCCUCUAUCCUUCAUCACACAUUCUUCCCCACUCUUAUGAUGAAAUAAUCUUGAAAUUUUUCUGAUCAGACAUUUUUAAUAAUAAAUUACAAAGUAUAUUAGCAUUAUUUUGAUGAUUUUAAUGACUUAUAAAAGAGGAAAGGCUAAUCAUAAAAAUUAAUCUGAUUUUGAAAUUUGAAAAAAAGUAUAUAUUUACUUUAUUUAUUUAUUUUUAUUUGUGAACUUGUUUAUGCUAUAAUUUUUCUUGCUACCAAAUGUUUAAAGUAUUCUCUAUUGGCUUGUGUUAAUUAAUCAAUCUGAUUUUUUGAACAUCUUAUUGAAGUCAAGUUUGUUAACCAUGAAUUACAUAACAGUGGUCUGAAUAUUGGGUGCCAUCUCAACAUCAUAUAACAUUAGGAUUUUUCAUAAUUUAGUUCUUCAAUUUGGAAGUACAUUGUCAAAAAUACUGAAACAUUAAUUUUCUAUUCUUACAUGAAUGUUCUUAUCAAUGCAGGAAAUGAAUAUUUAACAGACACAAUGAAAACUCAAACAGCUUGUCUAAAGCAACUGCAAAGAUCCAGCAUAACUAAAGGCAGGUUUACACACGGCAAUUCACAGCUGCUUGCAGUCACAAUUAGCUGAAUUGCUGGAGCAAUUAUGAAACAGCUCAGUCAGUCACCGGCUGCUUUCCUGACAAUUUUCUACAGUCAAAUAAGAAAAAUUAUCAAUAUGGAAUUGAAAAUGAGAACAUUGUUGGAGCGUAAAAUAACCACUGACUCAACCAUUACUUAUGAUAUAUAUAAAUUAUUUUAAUUUAUUUAUAAGAAGAAUGUAAAACAGAUGCAGAAUUAGUUUGUUCACAUUGUCAUGCAGGAAACCUGUUCAAUCAUUUCUUCUUUUCCCUUUCCUAUUAAAAAAAGAAAAAAUGUAAAAUUACAAUUAUGGUAACCAGCUUAUCGAAAGACUCCAUGUUGACUGUAUGUUCUGAUGCAGCGGCCAGCCUAGAGGCUGCUCUCCAUCAUGUCAAUGCUUUUGGGUGAAGCUUGCCGUCUGCUCCGGCAAUUUGUUGUUGGCCCCAUUUAAAUCACAUCGCCACUCUGCCUCCCUAAAAACACCUAAAACAGCAGCAUAACAUUCAGUAAGAAGAAAUAUAUCAUUUAUAUUUUAGCAACCAUUGUGUUGGUUAUGUCAUCAGGAAAUAAUGAAAAUUAUAUUUUAGGAAUUAAAUUUUUUUUAGAGAAUUGAAUUAAAUCAAAUAGCCUUAACAACUUAGUUGAGGAAAGAGGACACUAAAAAUUUUUAAAGUGUGCUACACUGUUUUGAGUCACAAUGAAAAGAAACUGUCUAAAGGACAAAAGUGGCAUCAUAUGAUUUUGUCACGUACCUGAAUUUCAUGGAUUUGUAUAUUACUCAAUUUUUAGUACCGAUAUAUUUUUUUGUAUAUUCCUUCCUAUUCACUGCACAAUAAAGACAAAGAUGGCUAAUCUUAGGUUACUUAGACAAUACUGAAUGAAUUACUAAUGUAUGACAAACUACAUAAAUAGUGUUGCUAUAUUUUACAUAAAUGAAAUUUAUAUUGUUUGGGACAUGUAUUUUUACUGUUGAAGGGUAGUGAAAACUGAAGUCAAUAAUUGAUAAUUGUUAAUAGAUUACUAUCAUCAACUGAUUCAUAUGAGGAGGAUUUUAUGUUAGUCUUAAAGUAGACCAAAGAAUUUAACAGUAUAGUUAAUUAUAUAUAUAUAUAAUUAUAUAUAUAUAAUAUAUAUAAUUCUUACACAUGAUGCAGUGGAAGAUGUUUAGCUUCAAGAUAUGUUGAGAUAGAAUCUUAACAGUAAAAAGAUGUCCCAACAAAAAAAUGAGAUACCUAUCCAAAAGACAACGAUAUGUUUUGAAAUGCAACAAAGUAAAGCAGCCUCAAGGUUUGGAUGAGGCUGGGAGGCAUUACACUGCUAUUGCCAAAUAAAUAUUGUAGAAUUCAGGCUCUUCAUACCAAAAACUGACUUCAUUAUGUGUUUCUUGCAUGUAAUUUAUUUUCUAUAUUUGUGUUAUCGUGCACUUACAAGGUGGGAUCUUGAAGAAUACUUUUCUAGGCCAUUCUGAUGUAUAGAAUUUUCUAGGAAGAUAAUGAUACCCUGCCCUAUUUUGUCCCUUUUAGUCUGUCUCAACAACAGGUAGGGAAGACAAGGACAUGAUGUAAGAACUUCACACCUCACUGAUGGCCUAAAAUGAGGAGUGUUGACAUAUAAUUGUUUUUGUACUAAAUAAAUCUUUGAUGCCACUUUAACCACGGUAGUAAUAAUAAACGGCAAUAAACAAAUACGAUGGACUUGAUAUAUGUAUACUGAGAAAUCUAAAUACUACUACAUAUACACUGUGAUGUAUUAGUGUAAAGAUUUGUGAGAGGAAGCUAAACCCAGUAUGAAAAGAGAAUUAAUUCUUGUCUUACUGUGCUAUAUGUUCUUGAAUUUACAGUUACAUAUGUUGAUGAGAUAAACAAUUUUUAGGCACUUGCUGGGACCAACAUACUGGCUGAAAGAAAAGUACAACUACAAGCUCUGUCAAUGCAGCAUAUGGAAAUUAUGCAUCAGCUACCCAAGACCCUCUUCCAACUUUUUUUUUUUUUUUUCUUUCCUUGUUUUGAGGAAACUUUUAGUAAUGACUGAAAUGGGAUUUGACUUGAUAGAGAGAAUGAUGUGAGGCUGAAGUUAUCAGGAUGACAAAAAUUAGCUGGCAUAUGUGAAAACUUUUAUUUUAUUAUGAAAUAGAAGAAAAGAGAAGUGUUAAAGACCGAAGGGCACUGAAGCACUCAGGCUUAGUAUACAGAUUACACAGUAGAUGCUCUUUGGUUUAUGCUCUACUGUAUAAUUAGGAGCCCUAGGCCGGGUGAUUCUUUUAUAGAGGUUUGUGCAGGAGAGAUGAGAGUUUAUGUUACUGAUCCUUUUUCUAUCAUGAGAAGUGUGAGUGGCAGGAGAGGAUGAACAGGAAAGCUAUGCAUCUUACUGUUGUAAUUAUUUAUCAUUGUUUCAUAUUGAGUAUAAAACUUUGUUUUCUUAUUGAAUAUAAAUUUUUUAUAGAAGACAAUUGAGACCAUAUAGAUAUUUAAAAAAAAAAAUUUAAAUGAUGCUAAUUUAGUAAAAUGUGGAUCAUAUGUAAUUUAUGACCUGUAAAAACUGUCAAUAAAGACAAAUAUAGAA